AUGGAGGAUAAUUCAUCAUCACCCGAUUUUAUAUCUCAGUCUACACAGACAUGUGUAUGUGGUAUGCUCGAAUGGGAUGUUAUGCUAAGAAUGUUUCAAUCUCGAUUAACUGUUGACACAAAAGCACCAACAAAAAGUGGCAGUAGUAAAGCUUCAUCAUCCUCUGAAAGUGUAACCUCUACGCCUGGCACUUCUUCUUGCUCGAAAUGGAAUUCAUUUUUGCGGUCAGCAGCAGCAGCUGGGGUACCACCAUCAAGUCAAAACAACACCGACAACACUCAAAGUCAAAUAACCGCCUCUAUGUCUCAUGGUGGUACACCUACUGCUACUAAUACUACUACUAAUAAUGAUGGAGUGAUGCCUCAACUAAUACAACUUGGUGGUAUUUAUGCAUUUCAUCCUUACCCUCCAUCAGUACAGCAUAAAAUGUUAUACAAAGUAAUUAGAUCUUCUGAAUGGACUAAGUUAAUUUUCAUAAUGUCUCCGUUAUUCGGUCUUCCAUCAGGUCAGAUUGUUCAUCCUGGUAUGAUAAAUUAUCAGAUAUCUGCUCCGUGUAAAGAGCCUAGUCAACGUAAAUUAUCAUCAAAAUGGUUAGCACGUGAUGCUUGUAUAAAUACUAGUGAAUUAAGGCAUUAUUCACUGCCAAAACCUCAAAUACUUACAAUUCAUGCUGUCCAUAGUUGUCUUACUUCAUUGCAUUUUGAAAAAGUUGGAAUUUCACAUUUAAUUUUAAGUGAAGCACCUCAUUUAAAGAGUAUCACAUUGGACUAG